AUGAAAUCAAUAGCUCAAACACAUAGAACUGAGUUAAAACCAACUAUUGAAUCAACUGUCGAGAGACUUCAUAUUCCAAAUAUGCGCAAUAAAGAUUUUUCUUUAUCGAAUAUUGAUCAAACACAAACAGUUUUACAUUUAUUUCCAAAUAUGGUAAUGAAUACAGCAAUACAUAAUGGUUCAAUUCAAUUGGUGGCUGAUGAUUUAAUCAAACAAAAUGUUGAUGUAAUUGUUGUAUGUUCAACAUCAGAAGUUCUUUUAAAGAAUAUUCUAGAACAAGCAGGCUUAGUAGUAACAGAAGAAUAUAAUCGAUUAUCUAUUUCAGUCAAUCUACAAAAUUCUUUAAUAGAAACAGGACCUGGAAAUUUGAAUUGCAAAGCAAUUUUAUUUGUCCCUUGGGUAACACAAACAAUGUCAGAUUCCAAAAUUCUAUCGAAUUCAAUAUUUGAAUUCGUAUCAAAAUCGUUACAUCAUAUUCUUUAUCAUCCUAAAGUUUAUAGAACAGUAGCAUUUCCAGCUAUUGGAUGUGGUUUAAUACAAUGUCCAGUGAAUAUUGUAGCACAUGCAAUGAUUGAUGCAACUAUUACAAAACUUAAAGAAACUAUGCUUUAUUUUACAGUAUCAUUCGUCAUUUUACCUAAUCAAUUCAAUGUAUAUCAAGGAUUUGCUAAUAAAUUGGCAUCAAUAAAACAAUCGUCAGAAACAUUUGGUUCUGUACCGUAUUCAUUUUCAAAAUUAACUUUAACAUUUACUGCUAAACAAGAAAGAAAUUUGAAAAAAUGUCGAUCAGAUAUUGAAUCACAUAUUAAUACAUGUACACAAAUAAAAUGUCGAGAAAAAGAAGAAAAUCUUGAUAUUUGGACACAACAAUUAGUUCUUAUAUUUUAUAAAUAUUGUUUGGAUCAUUAUAUAUGGCCAACAAUUAAUUUAGAACAAAAAAAAGUUAUAUUAAUCGGUGAAAAAACAUCUAUCGAUGAUGCAGAUAAAUAUUUUCUUGAAUUAACAACACAAGCUUUAAAACAAACACAACUCGAUAAUAUUUCACGUAAUAUUCUUUGGGAAUAUCAAAUAGAUUCUUCAACAUGGGAAAGUUAUUCAUAUAAAUGUAAUGCUGAAAUUGAAUAUGCAUUAACUUUUAGAAAAUUACCUGUGGUUAACAUUACUAAUGAACAAAAUGAAACAUGUCUUAUUGAUUUUAAUAAGAACAAAGAAAUAUUUAAUAAUCGUAUUCGUAGUAUACGACGACAAAAUUUAACUAAUUAUAGUUUACCGAUGCAUUGGCAAUGUCAAUCAACAAAUUGUUGUCGUUUUAUUCUUAGUGAACAUUCAGAAGAAUAUAAAAAUAUCAAAGAUAAAUUUGAUCAAACUAUGUUAGGUAAUUAUAUAUGUAUUAAAUCAAUUGAACGUAUACAAAAUCAACGAUGGUAUAAACAAUAUGCAGCACAUCGUGAUGCAAUGAACGAACGUUUAAAACAAGAAACAGAAAAAAUGUUAUUUCAUGGUUGUAAUGAAGAUUCAGCAAAUAGUAUUGUUGAAGAAUGUUUUAAUCGAUCAUAUGCUGGUACGGUCUAUGGACAAGGUGUUUAUUUUGCAACUAAUGCUAAAUAUAGCCAUGACUAUACUCGAUCAAAUCAAGCUAAUGAACGGUGUAUGUUUGUUGUAUUAGUACUUGUAGGAAAAUAUAUUUUUGGAAAUUCAUCAAUGAAAGUACCUCCAAAAGGAUAUGAUUCAACAACGGAUAAUAAUCAAAUUUUUGUUGUUUAUCAUGAUGCACAAGCCUAUGCUGACUAUUUAAUUAAAUAUCAAUAA